AAGCUAUCCUCUUAGGCAUGCUGGUUGAUCCGCUUCUUGGUCGCUGCUCCGCUGACUCCCUUUUCCCCCUUCCGUCCUCGAUGAGACAACAUCGGGUCUCUUCGGGUAUCCUGGCUGGGCCCUAAAUUUGCACCCCACAAGAAAAAAAAGGACGGCGUCUAAAGACCCCGAAGGCUUCUAAGGCUAGGAUGAGAUCUCAAGGCAACGGGGUUAAGACCACAACCUGAAUCAACCCUUCUCCCCCAUAGAAGUUUUUUUCUCUACCAAACACCCCCCCCCAUUCUCCCCCCCCCCCCCGUCCCUUCCCAUCUCUCUGGGAAUUAACCGAGAUGAACCAAUCGCCGGCGGCGUAUUCAGGGGUCAGGAUUUCCGGCUUUAGGGCUUUGGGAGCUGACGGUGGCGGCAACCACAGUGCAGAUACCUUAGACAGGCUGCUGCCCGCAAUAGUCGGAACCAAAUCCCCCCGGAAGCGCACCACCAGCCAAUCCAAAUCGGAGCCUCCCCUCCUACGUACCAGUAAAAGGACCAUCUAUACCGCAGGCCGACCCCCCUGGUACAACGAACAUGGCACACAGUCAAAAGAGGCAUUUGUUAUCGGUCUGGGAGGGGGCAGCGCUUCCGGGAAGACCACGGUGGCCAGGAUGAUUAUCGAGGCCUUGGACGUGCCGUGGGUGGUCUUGCUUUCCAUGGAUUCCUUUUAUAAGAUUCUAACGAAAGAGCAGCAGGAACUGGCCGCCAGCAACGAUUUCAACUUUGACCAUCCGGAUGCCUUUGAUUUCGACCUGAUGAUCGCCACUCUCAAAAAGCUCAAGCAAGGGAAAAGCGUCAAGAUCCCCGUUUAUGACUUCACCAGCCACAGCCGCAAGAAGGAGUGGAAAAUGCUUUAUGGAGCCAACGUGAUUAUAUUUGAAGGGAUUAUGGCAUUUGCCGAUAAGGACCUCCUGAAGCUUCUGGAUAUGAAAAUAUUUGUGGACACUGAUUCAGAUAUCCGUCUGGUUCGGCGUUUGCGCAGGGACAUCAGUGAGCGAGGCCGAGAGAUUGACGGGGUCAUCAAGCAGUACAACAAGUUUGUCAAGCCAGCCUUUGACCAGUAUAUCCAGCCCACCAUGCGAGUGGCCGACAUUGUGGUCCCACGAGGUAGUGGAAAUACCGUUGCUAUUGACUUGAUCGUCCAACAUGUGCACAGUCAGUUGGAAGAGAGGAAGCUGCGCUGGGAUAUGGCAGCGCUGGCUUCUGCUCACCAGUGCCACCCCCUCCCCAAGACCCUCAGUGUCCUGAAGAACACACCGCAGGUCAGGGGGAUGCACACCAUCAUCCGAAACAAGGAGACAAGCCGGGAUGAGUUUAUUUUCUACUCCAAACGGCUAAUGCGCCUUCUGAUUGAGCACGCGUUGUCCUUUCUGCCCUUCCAGAGCUGCACAGUGCAAACGCCUCAAGGCGAGGACUACGAAGGCUGUACGUAUAGUGGGAAACAAAUCACGGGGGUCUCCAUUUUGAGGGCCGGAGAGACCAUGGAGCCAGCCCUGAGGGCUGUUUGCAAAGAUGUCCGGAUUGGCACUAUCCUCAUUCAGACAAACCGAUACACAGGGGAGCCUGAGCUACACUACCUGAGGCUCCCAAAGGACAUCAGUGAAGACCACGUGAUUUUGAUGGACUGCACCGUCUCCACGGGGGCAGCGGCGAUGAUGGCCGUGAGGGUGUUGCUGGAUCACGACGUUCUGGAGGAAAAGAUUUUUCUUCUCUCCUUGUUGAUGGCCGAGAUGGGCGUCCACUCCGUCGCCUACGCCUUCCCGCAAGUCAGGAUCAUCACAACUGCGGUGGACAAGAAAGUGAACGACCUUUUUCGCAUCAUCCCUGGAAUUGAUGAUGUGCCCAGAGAGAGAAAUAUCUGCCUCUACCUAGGAUCGAACUCACAGCCUCCUGAUUGUGAGGCGAGAGCUCCACCUCUAGGCCACUGCACCACGUAAAAUACAAGAUUGAUGAAAUAAGGUAGAUAAGAUAAAGGUAUAAAGAUAUAAAGAUAAGGUAAGAUAACCUUUACUGUCACUUCUCUGUAUGCACAUGAGCCACGGUGGCACAAUGGUUAGAGUGCAGUACUGCAGGCUACCUCUGCUGACUGCCGGCUGCCUACAAUUUGGCAGUUCAAAUCUCACCAGGCUCCAGGUUGACUCAGCCUUCCAUCCUUCCGAGGUGUUUAAAAUGGGGAUCCAGAUUGUUGGGGCAAGAGGCUGACUCUGUAAACCGCUUAGAGAGGGCUGGAAAGCACUGUGAAGCGCUAUAUAAGUCUAAGGGCUAUUGCUGUUGCUACACAAUGGCUGUUGUGACUCCAGCCCCUGAACCUGGCCCCAUGCCCGAAAGUGACUCCGAAAGUGAGGGGGAAAGGCCGGUAAGGCUUACCUCGGGAGCACCGAUUCCUUUGAUUCGGCUCCAGGAGCCAGAACCAGACCAGUCAGAGGACGUAAUGAGGCCGUCAUCCCCUGAUUCCUCCCUUCCCCAGGCUACGCCUUCAGACCCAGCUGAUAAUAAUAAUAAUCAAGCUUGGCUUGACCCGCGCUUCAGAAGAUUAGAGAGGCGGGGUCAUCAAAAGGAAGGGUGGGGCUCCACAGGAUAUAUAAGGAGCUUUGGGACUGCUCUCACUCCACGGGAAGCAAAAGUUUAGCUGAACCGUUUCAAAAAGAGCUGAAAGUCUUGCUACGUGAGUCAUUUGUUUGAAUUUUGGCAGGCAGCUGCGAUUUCUCUGCCAGGACUGAUAAGAGCCGUGAAUCCACUGGCUGAAGGCUAGCUUGUGGGUCUGAAGUGGGGAAGGAGACAGAACAAUGGCACACAUUAAAAUGAAAUCCUGAUGCCUGCUCUCAAAAGAUAGAUAGAUAGAUAGAUAGAUAGAUAGAUAGAUAGAUAGAUAGAUAGAUAGAUAGAUAGAUAGAUAGAUAGAUAGAUAGAUAGAUGACUUUGCUUGUCAGAAGAUCACAAAAGGCGACCCUGGGACAGCGCAUCCAUCACAUGACCCUGGGACAGCGCAACUAUCAUAACUAUGAGUCAGUCGCCAGUUUUAAUCACGUGACCAACAGGGUCGUAGAGAGUGAAAACGAUCCUAAGUCAUAACUUUGUUCAGGGCCAUUGUUUCUUUGAACGGUCACUAAACCAACUUUUGUAUGUCGAGGACCAGCCUGUAAAUAAAUGUGAAUCU